AUGUCCUUCUUCUCAUCAUGGAUCAAAGCUAUUUUCAUCAUUGGUCUGGCAUUUCCACUUUAUUCUGAAACUGCUUUUGUACCUUCUGGAGAAAUUCGCAAAAGGCCAGAAUGUAACGUGUAUAAGGAUCAAUUACACUUUUGCACAAAAGAAAAAGAUCCAGUCUGUGCAACGAAUGGCCAAACAUACUCCAAUAAAUGCAAUUUCUGCAGUAAAAAGCUAGAAAACAGAGGAAAUUUUGAUUUCAGUCAUUGGGGUCGUUGUUGCUGACUGCCUCAGCUGCACAUUCCUAUGGCUUUUAUUGCAAUCCUAUUUUGCCAUGGAUUCUACAACCAAUCAGUCUUCGCAAUCAGGGCUUUAAAUUCCUAGAUGAGCAGACUAACCCUUCAGU